AUGUACUGGCAGACUUUUCACAACCCAAAACAAACAAAAUUCCCCAAGAAGUUUCUUGUGUGGCAAGCCAUUUGCAGUUGUGGCAAAAUAAGCCCACGAACUGCUCGUAUUGUAGGAGGCCGAGCGGCGCAUGUCCAACACAUACCUUAUAUAGUAAAUUUGCGUAAAAAGGGUUCAUUUUACUGUGGUGGAUCUUUAAUAACGCCAAAAUGUGUUUUAACGGCUGCCCACUGUGUUCGCAAUACUAAACCGCAUGAUAUAACCGUACGAGCCGGCGUUACCUACUUGGAUGAGAACUACAAUAAAAGAACUGUUAAAAAGAUUUUCAUGCCAAAAUCUUAUAAUAAGAAAACUUUAGACAACGAUGUGGCCAUAUUCAAAUUAAAUUCACCUCUUAGUGGUAAAUUUAUACAAACUAUUGAAUUAUCGAAUGAGACACCUCAGGAAGGUGAUUUAGUUAAAGUAUCCGGUUGGGGUUUAACCCAAGAAAAUGGCUCUGUGUCCCAGCAAUUAAGAUCGGUGUAUGUAGAAGUUUUGUCGUAUCAAGAAUGUCGCGAUUCAUAUCAUAACUAUCGUAAUGUCACGAAAAGUAUGUUUUGUGCCUCGAUACCAGGCGUAAAGGAUGCUUGUGCAGCCGAUUCUGGCGGUCCGGCUGUGCUUGAUGGUCAAUUAGUAGGUAUUGUUUCGUGGGGCAGAGGUCGUGAAUGUGCGCGGCAAAAAUCACCUGGAGUUUAUGUAAAUAUUCAAGCUCUUAGACCGUGGAUUGAUAAAAUUAUGCAUGAUUAUUGUUGA